AUGAAUCCAGAACCUAUUACUUUUUCAUCUUUGAUUGUGCUUAAUAUGAGUGCAUUCCCGAACUUAUCCCUAUACUCAAAUGGAUUCAGCACAUAGAAUUUUAAUUUGAGAUCAUUUCACCAAUUGAAAGGUGACUUAGAUUAAGAUUAUUAGAAUUGCGUUUUCAGAAUACUGCCAGUUCUGAAUUACAAGGCUCACGAUGAUCUUUUGCGAUAAUUCUAGGAUUCUAAUUUCAAGAACUUAGAAAUGUAUGAGUAAGGUCAAAGAAGAAAUAAAAUUUAAACCACAUUGCUCAAUUUAGAAAACGAACUAACUUCAAAUAUCUCUCUAACAAAAAAACUAGCAGGCACCCCUUUGGUUUUUAGUUCAUCAAUAUUUCACUUAGUUCAUGUUUCUUCAUUGAAAUUCUUAGCCUUAGAUGAUCAAAAUCUGGAAGCAUUAUAAUUUAAAUUAAUUGACUUCCCAAAUAGUAACACAUUAUUAAAAUUCAAUCCUUGUUUGAAUUUCCAAAAACUAAGAACCAAUUUAGUGUAUAGCGGAGACGUAGUAUGUAUAUCUGCAAACAAGCAAGUGUGCAAUAGAACAGCAAAUCUAUUUACUGAUUAUUGGGGAUUAAAUUAUUAUGAAUUGCAAGACGAACCAUAGAAAUACGAGGACGAAGUCUGUAAAGCUAAGGUGAUAGCAUCUGUUGAGGAUUAAACUUAAUGGAGAAUCAAAAUAUUUCAAAAUCAACAAGAAAAUGAUGAAGCCUUAUUCGUAGGAGACGUGGCCAUAUUUCAUUUGCCAGAACUGAACUUAUAUUUGAAUGCAAAGAAAACCUAAGACAUCCAAGAAAAAGUCAAAGAAAUCUUAGAUCGCAAUACUGUCGUCGACAUCAGCAAUAUAAUUCAAGACAAAGUCAUUUAUACAAAAUAGCAGACUCUCUUUCCAGGAUAGCAAGCUGUGAUGUCAAGAUAAGUAAGUGAAGAAGUGGGUAGAAGUGAACCAAAGAACUAUAAAUCAGAUUCUCAAAAUAGUCAUAUUUAUGAGAAGUAGCAAUCUCGUUCCUCUCAAAUUAUUCAGGCCUCAAAAAAUAUAAAAGAAAUAGAUAAGGCUCUCUAUUCAGAAAUUAAGUUAUAUUUUAGCAACUUUACUGGUAACAAAUCAGAUAAAAUUACUAUUCCCUUUAGUGCUUAUUGGAGAAUAGAAUCCGAUAAUUUCACUGGAGGGGAAGUCAAAUGGGAUAAGUGCUAUCGCAUUAGACAUUUUUAAACUGGAUAAUACUUGGAUGUCGAUAUAAUGAGAUAAGUAAUACUUACAGAGAAGGUGACUAAGAAUACCUUAUUCUAAUUUGUGGCUAUUAAGAAGAAUUCUAAAUACGUGGAUAAAGAAUCCUAUUUCUUAAUUAAGCAUUUUCUGACUGGGACUUAUUUAAAUAUUAGAAAUGAUCCUGUGUGCACAACUUAAGAUGUUAAUUUAAUAAAUUGCAUUAAAUUCAGGAAAACUGAUUAUGAGGAUAUCUGGGAAAAGAGAUUCUUAGUAUUUUUGGUACCAAUUUUAAAGGAGGCUAUUUCAUAUUUCGAAAUUCUUCAGCCUCUUACAAGUAUUGCUUUUAUGAAGAAAAACGAAGUCUAAGAGAGAAUUGAAUUUUAUUACCUUUUUGAAAAGCUCAAUUCUCUACUUGAAAUCUUGAAUCAGUUUAUGUAUAACAAAUUAGUGAGUAACAUAUAAACAACUCAAGAUUUCUCAUUUGUUUCCUAAAAUAGAUAGGACAUUAUUAGAGAGGAGAAUAUCUUACCUUUGCUCAUCUGGUUGAUAUGUAAGACAUUCCCUAAUCCAGAUGAAAAAAUAGAAGGAUCUGAACAAAACCUAAUUAAAGAUUUGUGUGGUGAGAAUUCAUUUAUUUUAAGAGUCUUAACUAUGAUUCAACAAAAGAUGGACAAAUCUAAUGAUAUAGAAUAUGAGAAAAAGGUUUAGAAAAUGAAAGAAUAAUUGGAAGAUAAUCAUAGAAAAAGGAAAAGACUAUUACAAUUAAAACUAUUUCAAACCAUUAAAAUAGCAUGUCAUAACAAUUAAAGGAAUCAAGAGAUUUUAAUGAAGUUUUUUAAACAUUUUGAAAAGCAUAUAGCACAUGAUUAUGUAUGUACAACAAUUAGUUAAUCCAUUUCAAAUAAUUAUCAAAUUCUGAGUAUGCUCAAUAAACAGGAAAUCCCAUAUGAUAUGAAGUCUACAAUGAAUUUCAACAAUAUAGAUCAAAAGAAUUAAAAAAGUCAAAGUACAAUUCUAUCAAGACUAUUGGACAUCAUUUCUAAGAGUGAUCAACUUCUACCAGAAUUGUUACAUUUUCUGUCAGAAACUUGUGAGGCAAAUGGAGAACCUGUGUUUUCGAAUUAAGAAUACUUAUUAAAUAGCAUUUAAUUAUUGAAUCAAAAGGUAAGGAAUGACAAAGGAGAAGAGAAAGUUUAUAUGAAUUUAGAACCCAUACAAGAGAAGGAAGGAAACUAUACGGAAUUUUAUAUUACAUACAGAACUUCAAAUAAGACCUAUGUCACUAGAAUGCUACAUGAUUUUUUGAAUGAUUAUAGAUAAUUCAAAGAUGUUGAUCAUUUUUAUGUGGUGUAAUACAACUAUUUAAUUGAAUAAUUGGCUUUUUUUUCAAAUAUUUGUUUUCAUCGAAAUACUGCAGCAAGAGAAUUGAUCUCAAAAACAUUUACUUACUCCUUUUUAUUAUCUUAUGCUGAAUAAAAUAAUCACCAAUAAGGAUUCAUGAGUGGAGAGCAGAAUUUUGUAGAUGAAUAGGUUAGAGCCUACUUUUUCAGAAUGAUUCGAACCUUGUAUAUUGAUAGAGAACCUUAUACAACAACCCCUAAACCAGAACUAGUAAGAAUUUAAGAGGAAAAGACUACUCAAAAGACUUUGUUUUUAUUUGAUGAAACAUCUAGUUAAAAGUGCGAAAAAGGAGAGUUUGAUAUUUAAAAAUUGAAAUAUAAGAUGCUCUAAUAUUUGCAUGAAUAGUCUGUAAAACUUGAAAAUAAUAUAGAAGAAGAAACUGUUUAUAACUUAGAGACUCUAGAAAUCAUUAAGAUAUUAGAAUUAAUGUUAAAGUUUGAGUUGUUUUGGAAAAGAGACGUUGAAGGUCCCAUAUAGAAAAAGAAUUCAAAUAAACGAGGAGCCUCCAUUUUUAAUAAAAUAUCAGAAAAUGGAGUGGGAUUAAAGGAAAUUGAUAGGUUGAUUACAGCAUUAUCAAAGAUUUUGGAGUAUGAUCAUCAGUACUUCAAGUGUUUAGCAAAUGCAAAAAUCAAGAGGAAUUGGUAAACAGAUAAUGAAAAAGACAAAGGCUUUAUGAAAUUCAAUAUCUCUGGUAUCAGCCAAGUAUUUGAAAAAGAGAGCAAGGAAAAAGAUGAAUAAUAACAAUCUAAUAAUAAUUUUAGGUAGGUUAAGUAAUAAGAUACGGAAGUUGUAAAUGAUUCCUUGUUUAAGAAAAUGAAAAAUGUCAGAAAAGUACUUUAAAGAUAUAAUAAUAAAACAUUCACCCUUAGAGAAAAUAAAGAAGAAGACUACCAGGUGUUGAUCAAGAUAUAGAUAUGUUAAAUAUUCUCCUAUUUAAUGGAUGUCUCAUAAGAUUAUUGGAUAGAUAAUGCCUUAGAGUUCUAUAAAUCUCUAUAAUAAAAUAAGUAAUUAAAUGAUGAAGUUAAGGAGGAAGACUUAAUUAAACUCUUUCCUGAGGAAAUAUUAAUGUCAGGAGAAUAAUGGGUUGAUAAACAAGAUAGUGAAAAAAAAGCAAAUAAAUAAUCAGCCCCUGUCUUAAAAAGCUUUGAUGAAGUCUUGAGAAGACCAUUCAUAGAAGUAUUGCUAAUUGCAUUGUAUUUCUCAAGAAACCCAUAAUUAGAGAAUUAGAUUGUGGAGUUGAUCUAAAGAUUUGCAAGAUAAAAAAAAGAAUUCUUAUAGCAUUUUGAGAAUAUAUAGAUAUUAGACACCAAUGAGUCUCAAUAAUUGUUUAAUGUGUGGGUUUAAAUGACAUCAAUAUUAAAAAAUAAUGUUUAAAGGAGUUAAACUUGGAUAGCAGAAAACAAUAGAAUAAUGCAUCAAACACUUUAAUGUCUCUGGAAAAUAGAUAGCAUAUUUUAAUAAACUGAGAGCGUUUCAUUAAAAUUAAAAUAGUAAAUAUUUGAACAUAUAGGCGGUUAUGAAGUUUUAAUAGAGUUAAUAAACAAAGCUUUAACUGUCAUUGACUAAAAAUCAUUCCCCCCUGAUCUAAUAUUAUUACUUAAGCAUACCAUGAAUAUUAUGGCUUAUUUUGCCAAAGAUAAUGAAAGAAAUUCCUUAACAGUUUAUAGAAAAGUUGUUAAGAAAAUCAUUUAGAAUAGCAAUUAAAAUAUUGGUUAAAUAAGCUUAAUUUGCUCAUUAUUUGAGAAAAAGCCAACUUUGUAUGGACAGCUUGGAUAAUAGGAAUAUGAUUAUUUUAUACAAUUGAUAAAAUAACAUGGAAGAUAUCCAGAAUUUCUAUAAUUUUAUUUAGAAAUUAUAGAAGUUACUGAAAUAUAUUCCAAAAAGUCAGUUGACAUGUUUGAAAUCAUCAUUGAAAAAUUAACAGAUCCUAUGGGCUUAUAACCUGAUCAAGAUAAUUACAAUCCCUUAUAUCCAUUUUAAGACUCUUACAAAAUCACUGACUUUUUUGAUUACACUCCUAACAAAUAAAAAUAUUAAUUUUACUUCAUCAAUAUCAUAUCGAAAUGUCUUUCAAAGAAAAUUAGAGCCUCAUUAAUUAGUCAAGCCAUUGAAUUUUUGAAACUGCAGGAUCUUCUUGAACACACACUCAUAGUAACCUAAAGAAUUUUGGGAUGUAUAAAAUAAAAAGAGAAGCCUCAUUAUGAGGAUAUCUAAUUGUAAAGUGACUAUUGGAACAUUAUUAAAACUAUGGUAUUUCAUAAACCAGAAACACUUGAUGAACUUAUGUUUCCAUAUAAUUCUGAAAUCUUAAAUAAAAUACUUACUGAUGAACAUAAGGCGAUCAAACAAAAGGAUAAGUUUAUACCUUAGAAUUUGAAUUACUUGUUCGAUUCCUUAUUACCUGUUGUAAAUAGAUAUAACGAAUUGUUGCAAAAUGCCUUAUUAUCUUCCGAGAAAGAUUAACAUUAAAUUAGCGAAUUUGUGUCUUUCUUUUUAGAAAAUCUUGAUAAAAUGUUCUUUUUGGCUCCAGCAGAAUUAACCAAUAAUAAAUAAAGAUUAAAAACCAUAUCCGAUUUAGGUUAAACUUUCAAUAUUCAAAUUCCAAUCAAAUUUUUUUAGCUAGACCCUAAUAUCUCCUAGGAUGAAAAGACAGCUGAUAUGUAAACUCAUUAUGCACAGUCUUAAGAAAACACUUAAAUAAGUUAAUUUCGUAAGAAGUAUUUUGGCUAAGAAUUUGUCAAAGAUUUAGUUAAAAAGGAAUCCUUAAAGUUAUCAAAUUCCAUUUGGACUAUUUAAAAUAUGUUUAAAGAUGAUAGAAAACAAGAAGUAAAGGAUCUAUUAUUGACAAACUCAGAUAUUAUUGUUAAAAUUCUAACUUAUUUGGAAUUUUGGAAGACAAACGGAGCCAGUAGAGAGAAUAUCAUCUUUAUUCUCAAAGUAUUAUCUGCCAUAUUAAAAGACACAGAAAACGAAUUAUACGAGAGGCAAGUGUUAUUUAAUAGAAUGAAUGUCACUUAAAUAUUGAUAGUUUUAUUAUGUGAAUCUGAAUUAGAACCAGUUUAUAUGGGUACUAUAAUGUCAUUUAUGAUACUACUAUUAAAAAAUGGAAAUUAAAAUGUUUAAAAAACUGCUUAUGAGUAUUUUUUAUCAAACACACAAUGUGAGAAGUUUUUUAAAUAACUCAAAAAUGUAUUCGAUAUUCAAAUAUUAUCAAUGAGUAGAGCCCAUAAAUUAAAUUAUUAGGAAAAUAAAUUAGUUUGUAAAGCUUUGAAAUUAACACAAUUAUUUUGUGAAGGACACAAUUAAGAUCUUUAAAAUUAUAUGAGAUCUUAAAGUAACUAAAAGAAUAGUUUUGAUUUAGUUUCUUAAAUUGUGUUGCUAAUUUCUACUUUUUAAAUCUCGAAAGCUAAUUUCGAAAGUGUCUUGCAAUGUUUUGAAACUCUGACAGAACUAAUCCAAGGACCAUGCAAAUAAAAUUAAUAAACUUUACUAAAAAGCAGUCUUUUAGAACAUGUUGUAUUGAUUUUAUCAGAAGACGAAAAAAUAUUUGAAUAAUCAAAUGAGUAUUUCAAAUACGAUGGUGAGAAGCAAUACAGACUGGCUAUUCAUCCAGGAUAAUUGGCCAGACUGAAAUUUAAAUGCUUAAAUUGUUUGGUAUCAUUAUUAGAAUGUUGUGACCCUCAGAAUUCUGAUAUUGCAAGAUUGGUAAGAGUUAUUCCUUUGAGCGUGUUAACAAACAAUCUUACAAGAGUGUAUAAGUUGUUUAAAGAGUAAUUUGGUGCUAUUUAUAAGGAUGAAAUUUUUAAAAGAGCAGAGCAUGAAAUCACAAAUGAUGAGUAAGCAGUAAGUUAAGAAUUCAUCAUAGAAAAUGGAUUUUGCAUAUUUUUGCUGAUGUAACAAUUCCUUGGAAAUUAAAAGGCUAAAUAAAUGUUAUAUGAUGAUAAUGAGAUGAAUGAUGUCUUAAAUGAGUUUGCUGAAAAUAACAAUAAGGAAGAGGAUAAUGCAAUUGCAAACAUAUUCUCAGGCUUAGAAAAUAUUGCAAAAAUGGGUGGCAAUCUAAUAGGAUAGAUAGGGUUGCCUUAGAAAUCAGAAGAGGAAAAGUUAUUGUAAGAGAAAUUAGAGCAAAAAGAGUUAACCAAGAAUGCUAUUAAGUUUUUUAGAUAAAAUACAUGCUCGAUUGAUAUGAUAAGGGAUUAGAAACUUUACACCAUUUAUUUUCCGAAAUUACCAAUUUGUAAAUUGCCUAAAAGUGCCAGACUCGAAUUUCAUGAUUAAGUUGAUCGAACAAGUAGUAAGACAAAAUUAACAUACUUGAUGGAAAGAGCUAAUUUUCUUAUAAAGGUUAUGGAAUACGAAGAAAAAUUGAAUUAAGUAUUUGCUAAAAAUCCUAUUUUCGCAUUUUUCGCAACAUCUGGAAAACUUUGGGAGAAUUGUGCAUUUGUAACAACAUUAGUCAUCAAUCUAAUAGUAUUAUUAAGUUAUUCAUAAAAAUUUUAUAAUGAAGGUCAAUCAGAUAUCACAGGGGAUUUGAUAUAUGAAAGAUUGUUAGAUCCAAGAUUAUUAGGAUAGACAGAUUUUAUAUGGACACCUAUAUUAAUUUAAGGAUUGGGAAUCACAAUGUUAGUGUUUAGUUCAUUAAUAGUUUUCUUCUUUUUAGUGAAAAGAGCACCUCUCAAAGUUGAUCACAUAUGGGAAGAUUAUUAAAAACCAAAAACAGUAAUGAAAAUGAUUUGGGAUGUGAGCAUAAGGGGAAUAAAAAGUUUAAUUAUUUUAUUAUAGGACUCAGACAUACUGUAUUAUUGUAUCUAUAUUAUCGCUGGGAUUGUUGGGUUGACAGUUCAUCCAUUUUUUUUUGCGUUUCACUUGAUGGAUUUCUUAAAAUUGGAGCAAUUAAAAACAGUAUUGGAUGCAAUAUGGGGUCCAAGGUAGGAAAUAGGUUUGGCACUUCUAUUAUUGGCUGUGAUUGAAUAUUAUGUUGGAAUUCUUGGGUUUGUCAUAUUUUUUAAUGAUUAUCCGAUAGUAAAUGGAACAAACUGUAGAAUACUACAAGACAAUGAUCAUAUUAUAUGUGAGAGGGGAUGUAGUACAUUGUGGCAAUGCAUUUUUAUGAGUUUUGAUUUAACAUUCAAAUUCACAGGGGCUUUAGGUCAAGGGAUUAUGGAUUAUGACACUAUUACAGAAAUAUCUUAGGAUUAUGAUAUGAUUGUAAAUGGUUGGGAUAGAGUAAUCUACUCAUAAAAUGAAUAUGAUGGAGUCGAUCAUAGUUUCACUUCGAAUUACUUUAGUCGUUUUGUUUUUGACAAUGCUGUCAAUAUUGUGUUAGUUAUGAUUAUGCUCAAUAUGAUAUAAGGUAUUAUUGUUGAUACUUUUGGUUCAUUGAGAGAAAAGCUUCAAGAAAGAAUCAAAGAUCAAACGAUGAAGUGCUUCAUAUGUGGUAUCACAAGGGAAAAAUUCGAAAAAAAUGAUGAAGGAGGAGGCAUGGGCUUUCAAGAACACAUAGAAUAAGAACAUUACAUGUGGAAUUACAUUUAUUAUAUUGCUUAUUUGAAGCAUAAAGAUGAAAAUGAUUAUAAUGGCAACGAAUCCUAUAUCAAAUCAAAAAUUGAUAUUAAAGAUAUAAGUUGGAUGCCAAUUAAAAGAGCAAGAUUUGCUGAAGAAGAUAUGGAUGAUUAAUAAAAAGGUAAUGAAAUCUAAGAGGUAAUUGAGAUGAAGAUGAAAACCAUGAAUGAUUCAUUAGAGAAGAUCUAAGAUAGAAUAAAACAUAUAAUUGAUAUUAUCAAUAAUCAACCUGUAAGCAUGACAGAAACAUACCACGCAUGA